AUGGGCCUCUCAAAGUCGCACAGGAUUAUGAUCCUGCUGGGCAUUGAUAGUGCCUUUUUUCUGCUCGAACUGGUGGUUGGAUAUGCUGUUCACUCUCUUGCUCUCGUCGCCGACUCGUUUCAUAUGCUUAACGAUGUCCUCUCUCUCUGUGUCGGUCUCUGGGCUGUGAAGGUGGCGAACGAAAAGACGCAGUCGCGCCGCUACACCUAUGGCUUCCAACGUGCCGAAACCUUGGGCGCCUUGAUCAACGGCGUCUUCCUUGUUGCCCUCUGUCUCUCCAUUUUCCUCGAAGCCAUUCAGCGCCUCGUCGAGCCGCAGGAAGUUAGCCAACCGAAGCUCGUGCUAAUUGUUGGAUGUUUCGGUCUUGCCUCCAACAUACUUGGACUUUUCCUCUUCCACGACCACGGUCAUAGCCACGGCCCCGGAGGCCACGACCACUCGCACGGCUCUACGGACCAGCUCGGUGCUGCGGAGGAGGGACACAGCCAUGCGGCUCACGAGGUUCACGCCGUCGCGGACGAAGGGGGAAAUAUCGCAGACAUCUUGCCUCAGAACAGAAUCGGCGGCUGGCCCCAGACCAGCUCUAUGAACAGGCGCUCGGUGGAUAUUAGUGAGGAAUCCAGCGACAGGACGCAGAGACCAGAGACGAGCCGCAGCCGUCAUGCUCACAGCAGGUCGAGGUCCAGGGGUUUCGGCGAUUUCCCCGUUCACCCAGCGUCCUUCAGAAACGAAAUCAUCAACGCUGCCCGUUUGGAGUCUGUGGAGUCUGGUUCUGGGUCGGAGAGCGAGACGGAUGAGAACGGUGGAGAGAACACCCCACCGAACGAGACGACUUCUCUGCUCUCCAAGUCCAAGGGCAACAAGACUUCCGACAAGAAAUCUCAGCACCAUCACGAUCGCACGCAUAGCCACGAUAUGCACGCUGGCCACAGGCACAAUCAGAAGCAAGAUGCGGGUCAUGAAGGAGGUCACGGACACGGACACUCUCACGGCGAUCUGAACAUGCGCGGAGUCUUCUUGCACGUUAUGGGUGACGCUCUUGGCAACGUCGGAGUCAUCGCCUCUGCUCUCGUUAUUUGGCUGACUGAUUUCUCCUGGCGCUUCUACUCGGAUCCCCUCAUUUCGCUCAUUAUCACUGUCAUUAUCCUCUGCUCCGCUAUCCCGCUCUGCAAGGCGGCGUCCCGCAUUCUCUUGCAGGCCGCUCCUGCGGGAAUUGACGUCGACGAUAUCGAAGCCGACAUUGUCGAGCUGCCCGGCAUCAUCAGCUGCCACCACCUGCACGUCUGGCAGCUCAGCGACACCAAGCUUGUGGCCUCGCUGCACGUGCAGGUCGAGUUCGACUUCAAGGGCCAGGGCUCAGCGCGGUACAUGGAGCUGGCGCGCACGAUCCGCAAGUGCCUCCACGGAUACGGCAUCCACUCGUCUACGAUCCAGCCCGAGUUUUGCCUCAACGAGGAACACGACCACGUGCAGGGCUCAGGGAGCAGCGACGCCGACACGUGCGAUGGCGACAACCACCCCGUUGGCCGGCAGAUCACCAAGCAGGCCAGCAAGACGGGCAGCAUCCGCAGCAAAAACGAACCCGAGGCCUGCCUGCUCGAGUGCGGCGGCGACUGCGGCAACGGCAACCAGUGCUGUCCUCCCAGCACCGACGCGACGCGCGACCCCAGCCCAAGCAACAGGUAG